CUAACUUAGAGGGAAUGAGAAGCGAGACUGACUAAAAAAGAGAGGAACUUAGAACUCAGAGACCCCAGAAAGUCAAUAUGAGACAGACUGGCAUGGAGCACUUAAUGGGCUGAGACUGGGAAACUGUCUAUGGCAAACAGGAAAGAAUGAGGUAAAUUGGAAGAGACUUCUCUGCAGCGAAAGGAGCUGUCACUGACAGGCGAGGAUUUGACAUGGAGGCUGAACAGUGACUGGACUUGUCUCUGACAGGCAGACACCCUGAAAAGUAAGGUAAAGUUUCCGAACAAGCAUCAGGAUCUUCUCUCCAUACGAAAGAGAGGACAAAGGAACAGGUUGAGCAAACAAAUACUGUAUUUUAAGAAAAUGACAAGCACCUAAAACGGUGAGACAGACUGAGAAAGCACACAGGAAGGGAGAGGCAAGAAGAGAGAGCGCAACUGAGUCACCAGCAGCAAGGAAAGACAGCAUUUGUGUCCUGCACCCUUCACCAUGCUGGACUCUGUCAGAGACUGUCACUGAGAGAAAGAGACAACCAUGUCUUCAGUAUGGAAGAGACUGCAGCGUACCGGCAAGAGAGCCUCCCGCUUCCAGUUCGUGGCCUCUUACCAGGAACUGAUAUUAGAGUGCACCCAGAAAUGGCAACCGGAUAAAAUAGUAGUUGUUUGGACUCGCAGGAACAGAAGAGUUUGCUCCAAGGCUCAUAGCUGGCAGCCGGGGAUCAAGGAUCCUUUUCGUGGAUCGGUUGUGUGGGCUGUUCCUGAAAAUGUGGACAUCACAGCAACACUAUAUCGAGACCCACACUCCGAUCACUUUGAGGAGAAAGAAUGGACAUUUCAAGUUGAAGGGGAAUCCCGAGGCCAUAAAAAGCUCCUGGCUGUGGCUCCCAUUGACCUACGUAAAUUUGCAGCCAUUAAUUCUGCUCCUCGAGAACUGAGGCUAACUCUUACGCCGCGGUCUGUAAAGGUUGUGGCCGCAACCCUCACCGUCAGUAUUACCUGCACUUUAUUGCGAGAAGGCAAAGCUACGGAUGAUGAUAUGCAGAGCAUUGCCAGUCUCCUGAGUCUGAAACCAUCCGACAUUGCAGACCUUGAUGACUUCAAUGAAGAGGAAGAGGAGGACAAAUUCCAAAGACACAAUCGCAAUUCUCUGGGUGGAGCCCCCCGAGGAUAUCUUAAAAACGUAUUCUCUGACUACUUUCCAGAGCCCAUGCGGGAGCUGAGUACUCUUGCUGAAGAAGAUGAAGCCUCUCUUUCUACAAAGAAUACUCCAUCUCUCCGUGGCACCUCAAAGCCUUCUCUUACUAGUCCUCCUCCUGUGCCUCCAUUCUUUCCGAGAAUAAAUAAGAAAGUUAAAUCUGACAAGACUUCUCUCCCUACAGCGAAAAAAGAAAGCAUUAAACCUCAAACCGAUGGCAAACAUAGCCACAGUAACAAUGAGCAUGAGAAGCAGUUGUCUAGAAGAUCUAUGGAGUCAGCUGCAAGAAUGCCUGCAACCAGCCAAGACCAGAGGCCUAAUGAGGUAUGGAAGAUCAGAGAAGCCGCCCCUGACAAAAAGCAACUCCUCAGUGACACAGCCAUGGAACAGCCAGAGCCAGCCCCUAGGGAUGGGUAUAGGGAGACUAGGGAGAGUUUUCACCAGGUGGCAUAUCUAGAAGAGAUGGUGUCAGAGCCUUCACUCCUUCCUGAGGAUGCAGCAAUAAAGAAACAAGUUCACACAGUAAUAGUGACAGGAGAUGAAACGGAGGUCAAGAUACCUCAAAUACCAACUAUACCAAAGCGGGCAAAAGCAAGCCAUAUGGCAGAAAGAGAAGCUACAAAGAAACCAGUAGAGAUGGCCCCUGAACUUGUUCAGUUUUUAGAUAAAGAAACUAUAUUGUGUGAUUUGCCAGAAACAGGGAUUCCGCAAAGAACAUCUUUUAGCACAGAGAAAUCACUUCUUGCAGAGAAGAGCCCAGAUGACAUAUCUGAAAUGCCUGAGAUAACAGUCAGGUCAGCAGAAAUAGUUAUAGAAAUGACAAAUGCACAAGAACCAACAAGCCAGUCAGCUGACAGCAUGACAGCAAUAGGUGACACACAAAAUACUUCUAAGGCAAACAAUUUAGUGGAGGCACAAAAUGUUUAUGGAGAAAACCCUGUAGUAAAAGACAGAGUAGCAGACCUAGCUGAACCAACAGAACCAGCAAUCGCUGGAGAUGAGAAUUUACUAAGAACAGAUAUAAGUCAAAUGUCUCAGAAUGUAAGAGAAGAGACCUAUAACAAAGUCCACGAUGUCACUGAUCACCUGCAAGAGCCAAACAUAGAACAAAGAUUGUUUGAUAGAGAUGGUAUAGAGGAGAUUUCAGCAAAUAUCCAGGCGGUGGAGGAAAUAAAACACAUAGAUGUAGAUAAAACAAAUACACAAGAAUCAACAAGCCAGUCAUCCAACAGCAUGACAGUAAUAGGUGACACGCAAAAUAAGACAAACAAUUUAGUGGAUGCACAAAACGUUUAUGAAGAAAACCUUAGAACAAAAGACAGAGUAGCAGACCUAGCUGAACUAUUAGAACCAGCAAGGGCUCAAGAUGAGAAUUUGCUAAGAACAGAUAAUAAUAUAAGUCAUAUGUCACAGAAUGUAAAAGACAAAGUUCAGGAUAUCGCUGACUAUCUGCAAGAGCCAAACAAAGAACAAAGAUUGUGUAUCGAGGAGAUUUCAGACAAUAUCCAAGAGGUAGAGGGGAUAAAACAAAUAGUCAGUGUGGCAGAAAAGUCUGUGGUCGAGACAUCAGAGGGUAAAAGCAAGACUAGUGAUUCACAAGAGACAAUGGUCCAAAGAGGGCAAGAAACUACAAGUAGAAACGAAGAGACUCUACAUGAAAUUGUGAAAGAAAUUAAAGUUAUAGAUAGUGCGCCUGAUAGAGUAACAGAAAACAUACUGAUGGUAGGUGAUAUACCACAAGAUUCAGUAAGUAUUAAAAAUAAACCACCAGAAGAUACAUCGCAUACACUAGAUGCAAGAUUCCAAGACACAAGAGUACAUGACACAGAGGAACAAACCGAUAGUGAUACUACAGAAAAGAUACAAAAAGAUAUAAACAUUCAGGACAGCAUACAUAAAACUGAGUUUCAGAUAAAAGUCACUUCACUAAAGAGAGUCUCUGAGACCAAGUACACACAAGAUACUUUAGCUGAUGAACUAUGCGUGCAGCAACCAGAAACUAUAGCAAAAAAUACAAUGCAAGACGUGCCAGUGCAUGAAGUCCAAGAAAGUAAGGAGAAAAACCAAGAUGGGACUACCGUGGACACUGAAAAGGACACAAGGAUCAAAGAGCCUUCAGACAGAAGGGAAAAUAGAGAAGCGCCGAGCACAGACUUACUUCUACGCUGGUGUCAGGAAGUGACAUCAGGGUAUAGCGGCGUACGUGUGAAUAACUUCACCACAUCAUGGAGGAAUGGUCUUGCCUUUUGCGCCAUACUUCAUCACUUUCACCCUGAAAGCAUUGACUAUAAAGGUUUGGAUCCAUUAAAUGUAAAGGACAAUAACAAAAAGGCCUAUGAUGGUUUUGCUGCUCUUGGGAUACCACCGCUUCUGUCCCCAUCAGAUAUGUUACAUCGCCAGGUCCCGGACAAGCUGAUCAUCCUUACAUACAUUUGCCAAAUACGAUCUCACUUUACAAGCAAUAAGACUCUUGAUAAUCUACCAGCUUCCUCUCAGACUGCUGCCUCUCCACAGGCUCAUAGUGAUGUGGAGAAACCGGACACUGCCUCUGAAAUAGAUAAGGAUCGGAACGCUACUUCAGGCAUUAAAAUCUCUGCCUAUGAGGAACCUAUUGGUCCACAGUCUUCUUCUACUCGAGAAAAGUACCUACUAAAUGUACAGUCCAAGAGACAAAAUUCUCAGGAAGAAAAUCCUUCUUCUGAGCAUAGAAACAAAGAAAGAGUCACAAAUGAGGCACAAAGUCCGAAGGCCUCUGCUGAGAAACAAGAUUUGCCCGUAUAUUCCCCAGUAGAUAGUUUACCAAGAUACUCCCCUGUGGAAAAGAAGACACUUGGGUCUCCACCAGAGAAGCAAAUUACAAAGGCGACCACUCCUCAGGUACAGGACACUGUGAGCACUGAGGAACAAAGGAAUUCUGGGGUAGUUCCACCACCUCGUGUCAAAAAAAGACUAAGCGUCAAUGGGAGUUUAUUGGAAAUGAACCUGGAUGAGGGGGAGGCUUCAGCAUCAGCCCCAGUAGCUCCUCCAAGAAAGGGAGGAGGUUUGGGUCACCUGCGUGAUGCUGACCUGGUGAAGAAAAGACGUUCUCUUAUUCGAUCACAGUCUCUUUCUCAAGAUGAGGAGACAGAGCCCACGGGAAAAGGCCAUGAAACAAGUUCAAGACCUUCUUCUCAGAUUAUAAGCGAACCUCAUACUUCACCUUCCACGUCCUCUUCUUCCACCGCGGUCGCAACACCGGAAACGCCAGUGAAAGAGGAAGAAACCCUGGCGAGUGAAAACGUGGUUCUUAAGGACACCAGUCAGUAUGUCACCUCUGAACUCGCUGCCCUGGAGCAUCAGGAAGAAGAAAUUGACUCAAGAGCAGCCGUAGUAGAAAGGGAACUCCGACUUCUGAUGGAAAAUGGUAAUGACAAAGAAGCUGAGGAGGCUUUGAUCCAGGAAUGGUUUUUACUGGUGAAUAGAAAAAAUGCAUUAAUUCGCAGGCAGGAUGAAUUACAGCUGAUGGCCGAGGAGCAAGACCUGGAAAGACGCUUUGAACUCUUGAGCAGAGACCUGCGAGCGUUGCUGUGUACAGAAGAAUGCUUAAAAAGUGAAGCUCAGAAGAGAAGGGAAAAGCUCCUACUUGAUGAGCUUGUAUCUCUUGUAGACCAACGGGAUGGUCUGGUGAGAGAUCUACAUAUCAAGGAGAGAAAAGCCGUAGAGGAAGAUGAACUCAUAGAACGAAGCCUUGAGGAGAGAAGGAGAAAGCUGAGCAAAAAGGAAAAGUGUCGGAUCAGCUGAAGUGAUGGGGCCAAAAAUAUUCUGAAGAGCUUACAUCCGUGCAAUGCUUAUCACAAACUCUUCAAUAUUACAGAAAACACAACACCGGACACCUAUGAAUAAAAAUAUUUGGAAACUUGCUUAACCCAUGUCACCAGGCUAAAGAAGGACCCAUGGCCCAAGACACUGAGAUCCCCUCCAAGCACUAUCCACCUUCCUUGUUCCUGUAUAUUUCUAUUUGCUGCUAGAGAUCUAUAGAGAAUGAUAUUUACUGUGUGAAAAUGUUUUUAUUGAGCGCUGUUCUACAUAAGUGUUAGUAAGUAUUAGCUGUGAGGUGAUUUUUGUUUUAGUGUGUAAAAUGGUGAUGAUACAUGUAUUGGUGAACAUCUUGGACCUACUGCUGAACCAGUCCAGUUCCAUUAGGAGGACUACAGUCUGAUUGAAUUUAUGACUUUCCAACUUUAGCAAUGGAUUUAGACUGUCGUCCAGGAUCGGAGAUUGUCAUCUGGUUUUCAAAAGGCGUUGGCCAGAUAUCUAUAGAACUCUACACAAAUAAACCCAUUCAAGGUGGGCGCCUGUCAUUAUACAAUGACAAGGAUUCUCUAUUGACUUUCUUGAAGUGCCUUAAAGGGAAAACAAAGACUUUACAUACUCUCCCAAGGAGUAUUGAAACUAACUUAUGGACAUGGAGAUAGACUUUUGUUUAUGAUAUGUUAGCUCAGGAUAAAACACAAUUGCAGGCCUGGCAGUGACUUAUAAUGCAGGUAGGAUGCCCAUAGCAAAGAUCAGAAUGGGCCCCCCUCACUGGGGGCUGGGUUUUACCACAUAAGGAUUGGGUGUGUGAUCUCUUUCCAUGACCAUUUGGCCAAUUAUCUACACAAAUGCAGUUUGUUCCGAGAGGAGAGCCCACUCACUUCAAGGGCACCAUAGCAGCCACAUGGUCUGCCCCUCUGGUAUGUAUGCCCUAUGUAAGAAUUCAACUUCCAAUGAGAACAGUUGUCUCAGAGAUAUGUAAUUCAGUCAUUUUGCCACUUAGAGAAGAACUUUUUUACCUGGUGACAUGUAGAAAAUCUCCUUGAAAGGCUUUGUUACUGACGCACUGCAACGGGCUUUAUGUUCCUAUCUUUGCUGCGCUCUAGACACUGUUGUUGUCUUGCAUUAGAGAUUAUUAUUCCUUACAUGAAUCAUUACACCAUUGUUCGGCUUUUUACUCCACACCUGUUUUUUUCGGCUGAAAUGAGUCAUUUAAUUGAAAACACAUCUACACCAAUCACAAGACUUAUGUAAUAAUUCCCUUGCUUUUCCGUUGUAGCUCACCCAUAAACAUCAUGUAUAUUCGCUACUUAUUAAUAUCUAUUCUGAUGCCUUAAUGGGGGAAUCCCAAGGUUUAAAGAUAUCUCCUAUCUACAGAAUAGGGGCUUGCUGCAUGAUUGAAUGGAGGUAAAUUGUCUCCAUAGAAAAUGAAGUGGCAGCACCACCACUUGACCAGAGCUCUAUUCACUGUGUAUGGGACAUCCAAAUAUAGCUGAGUGCUUGGCAAUGUCCCAUAGACCUCUAACACCACUAGAUAGAGGACGAGGAUGCAAGUUUUAAUAUACAGAGAAAAUGUUUUAAUCACUCACUUGCCGUAUACCUAAAGAGAUGCCAAGUGUCUACUGGUCAGUUGGGUGUCCUGGCUUCUCGGAUGUGGACUCUCCCUCUUUGAUAACCUACGUACACUAUCUGUAGCUCAAGAGCAAGGAGGAUGGGUUGGGGAGGGUUCACGGCUAAGGAGCUGGAACAUGUUUCUUCUCAUUGGACAAUUGGCACCUUAUUUGUGAGUAUUUAAGAGCCCCAUUAGACAAUACAAGCCAUCUUGAAGAUCGGCACUCUUUCACAAAGCCUAUUACUAGACUCGGGUAUCCAGCAAACAGUCAUUGGCUGCACAUCCCAUGAGAUGUGUGGAUGAUGACUGUAAAGCAGGCCAUAACAACCUGAUCAGCCACUGAAUGAGCCAUUGCUUCUUUGCCGACUGACCACGAGCCCUAUUAAAAGAGCAGUAUUGGCCUGUGUAAUGGGGUCCAAUACUUCACUUACUCAGCUCUGCUGGGACUAUGAUUGGCAGCAUACUCCUCCUUCUGUUUUCAUCAUCUGCUUACUAGGGGGGGAGGGGGCUCAAAACCAAUGACAGGUUACCUGUAAACACUUGAAAAGAAAACAAAAGGUAAAAACAGAACACAUCCUCAGAUUAUUUUUUAAAAAUUAUUUAUUAUGAAUUUCAUAAAAAGCACAACUGAUAAGGUUUUUUGUUUAUAAAAUUUAUAUUUUCUAUCAGUAUUAAAUAAUGUGCUUGAUACUAUGAGGGCGCCCAACAUGAAGAUGUACAGGGGAAGCACUGACGACCGAUUUAUCUAUGUAAAAAGAGUGUUACAGUAAAUGUUUCAGAAGAUCCUCACUUUAUUUGUAUAACCAUUUUAUAUCAUAUUUGCCACCACGCUCCUCUUCGAAAGAACUUUCUUUGAAAUCCAAAUUUCCAUUUUGUACAGACAUUUUGUACAGUUAGGUUGACCUACUGUUAUUGAUAUGAUACGUGGUUAAUGUAUCUUCAAUGUAUCUCAAUUCAAUCAGUCCAAUUUAGUCAAAAUCACGCAGAAAAUAUUCACAUUAUUAAAUAUACCAUGAACUGAUCUAUUGUAGGGAAGAUACGUGAAUAUCCAAGCGGUGUGACUACAAUAUAACUGUGAUGGCUCUGGGAUGGGCCAUAAAUAUCUAUUCAGCAGAGGUCUAACUCCCAGCACCUCUAUCAGCCACCUGUUUGUCAGAGCCUCAAUGCCGGAAUACACAGAAAACAGGAAGCAGACAGCGCCAUACAAUUUUUAGUGGCCAUGCUGGGUAACUACAGCUCAGCACUCAUUUGCUUCAGCAAAUGGUGAAAUACCCAGCAUGGCCACUACAUAGUGUAUGGAGCUGUCUGCUUCCUGCUCUUUUUUCCUGGAUUUGUGGGUAACUUCGUGGGUCUGGAUGUUGGACACUGUCUAUUAGAUAUUGAUGUCUUGUCCUGAUCAUAGGCCAUCAAUAAAAAGUUGCAAAAAUAAAUAUCCUGUAACUAUGGUAUCUGCAGGUCAUUUCCCACCCAAGUUGCUUCACUUAUAUUGGCACAGCUUUGCACAACACUCUGUGGUAAAUGUUAUUGUCAUGGUACGAGGGAAUACUGAAAGUCUUCAUGAGAUUGUUGCAUUGCUUGAUGUGUUAAAUAAAUGCAAUAAAAGA